UAUUGGAGGGCCGUCCGUCGGUGUGUGGAAGCACUGCGCUCCCUUCCGACCACACACUAAUCUGGCCGCACUUCACCGUCAAAUAUCACUCAAAGAGUUGACGGAGAGGCGAAAGCAGCCGAGGAAAGCGGCCGGGAAUCUUUGCGAAAGACCGGAGAGCAGCGCCGCGGCGGACGCUCGCCUGUAAUCUAACCGGAGGAGCUGGAUCUCACCGGGCUGGAUGACAAGCUGAGCCGCGGUGUAGGUGCACCGGAGUCUGCCGACGACAUGGAAAAUAAAUAGUUGUUGCCCGCCAUCAGUUCAGCCGAAGACAUGGAUGCAACUUGGAAAAACUGCUUCGAAGAGGAGCUGCUGUGUCCCAUUUGCCUGAAUGUUUUCGACGAGCCCAUCCAGCUGCCGUGCAAGCACAACUUCUGCAGGGGUUGCAUCUCUGAGGCUUGGGCCAAAGACAACGCUGCGGUCCGCUGUCCCGAGUGCAACCAUGACUACGAGCAGAAACCCACGCUGGAGAAGAACUUCAAGCUGGCCAACAUUGUGAAGCGCUUCAACGCUCUGAACGCUGAGAAAGUCCCCGCUGUGCUGCACUGUGUCCUCUGCAGACGAGGCCCCCCGCUGCCUGUGCGCAAAGUCUGUCUGCGCUGCAAGGAGCCCUGCUGUCAGAUCCACAUCCAGACGCACCUACAGCAGCCGUGCGCCGCCCCGGGACACCUGUUAGUCGACGCCGAGGAGCUGAGCGCUUGGACCUGCCCCAGCCAUGAGGAGUACAGGCUGCUCCACUGUGAGGAGGAGCAGGUGGCUCUGUGUCCGUUCUGCUGCAUCUCCCAUUGCACUAACCAAAGACACACAGUCUGCGACGUGGAUUCACAACGCAUACAAAUGCAGGCCAUGCUAAUGAGGCAGCAAGACAGACUGGAAGGUCGUGUUCAGAGCAUCGAUGAGCAACUCAACAAGCUUGAGUUAGACAAGACGCUGAUGAAGGAUGCAGUGUCAGAGCUUAAGGAGCGUGUGAAAGCCCAGUAUCAGAGGAUGCAUGCGCUGCUAGAAGCAAACCAGGCAGAAACCAUGCAGAUGCUGGAGAACACUUACGUCAUGUACGUGAGGAAGAACUCCCAGCAGGUCCUGCAGCUCAACGAGAAGCACCAGGAAGCAGAAAAACUCCUGAGCUCAGUGCAAACAUUGUUCCAAAGAGCAGACAGCGUGACCUUCAUGAAGAACACAAAACCUUACCAGCUGCUAAUGGACAGGUCAAACUCAUACCUGAGUAGUGCCAUCCCUCCUCUCAGAGUGGGUCAACUCAACUCUAGUCAUUUGCUGUCUGAGCUCUCAACGAGAGAGAAGAAUUUGCGAAAGAUGCUGGAAGAACCGUUCAAUGAGGCGCCUAUUCUUGAAAUUGUCCAGCCUCACAGCAGCUCUGCUGGCUCGCAACUUGGGACUGCUUCAGGAUUACAGAAAAGAAAAUACAGCAUGGCUUUCCUGGAGAGUAACACAGAAAACUCCUCCUCCCAGGAUGCUCCACCUUUGCUCUACAGCAGCAAAAAACCCUUCCUGCCCGACCAGAGCCAUCGUGCGUCAUCUUUGUAUCCCUCGGAAGUCCUCUCCCAGAAUCCUCACGCUGGCCCCGGCCACAGUCGGCUGCUUGAGGCUCCAGCCCAUCACAUGGUGGGUCUAGGGUCCAGCUCCAGCCACCACUCAGGGACCAUCUUCCCACCGUCCCACUACCCCGGUGCAGGUGCCUCGCAACAAGCCAUGUACGAAGGGAGGAAAGUACUGAUGUGUACUCUGAAUAACUGCUGCUGCUCCAGGGCCCCCGCUGCUCGUGCCCGACCUCCGUACCCGGCGUCGGACUCCUUCCCCUCCAUGACCUCUCAGGAGUUUCCCGCACAUGCCCCGCUACCUGCAAGUCAGCCACUGCAGCAUUUUCCCAUGAGGGGACUGAUGGAGGCGUCACAGACAGCCAGGCAUCCCGACUUCUACGGGCUAUACGGCCAGUCUUCAACCAAGCAUUAUGGGACCAAGUGAUGAACCAGAAUCAGCAUUCGUUCUGUUUGUUUUGGCAGAGUUGGCAUCAGAAUUUCCAUGUAUGCUUUUUGUUCCUUUGCAUCUUGUUUCAGAGAAAUGUUUGUUUCUAAAACAGGCCUUCACGAUAACGUUCAUUUGACAUUUAUUUGGCUCCGUUUUGGGAAACCAGUGUUUACUCCCUGAAUCACGGUGACACUAGUAUUGCUCUAAUUUGAGAACAUAAGUUUGUGUUUUUAUUUAUUUCCCGUUUCAAUUCAACUGGAAGUGCUAAUGUGAAUAAUGUAGUCUUAAAUCCAUUCAAGCAGUGAACUAAAGAAACGACAUAUCCUUCAUCAUGAGUCCUAGCAUGGGACUCCAGAGACUCCAGUGCCUAAAAAGACUGUUAACACACUUAUUGUACUUGCAAUUUCCUAGCUCUUGAUUAUAUCCUGUUUGUGGCUGAAAGCAUGCAGGGAGCCUCUCCAUGCACUGCGAAGUCCGUGUGGCUUUCUAAAAACACUGGACGACAAAUGCUUGUCAGGUUUUUCAUGAAUUUUUAUAGAAGAUUAUGAAUAAACCAAAAUCUGUGGAGAAAGGUUGAAUAAAUAAACAAGCAUAUUAAAUGA